UGAUGCGUAAUUCGCAAGUCGGCUAUUGACUAGCGUUUGGAUAUGCUUCGUCGAAUUUCGCAUGUAUUUGAACUUGGCAUUAGUGAUAUUCGACUUUGACGCAGAAAUAGCACUUUGAAUUUGCACGAAAGAAUACUUUUAAGAUGGAUGUUUGCACAGCUUACACAGCCAAUUUUUACAUAGUUUUAUUAUUUAGAUGUAUAGUACAUCAUGAUACUUAUGUCUUAAAUUAUAUCUAUAAUUAUAUCUUUAAUCUGAAUUAUAUCCUACAGAUUUACCAAAUUAUCAUUUAAAGCAUUUAUAUGGUUACAUCAUGGUUUCUUCUUUCAUUUAUUCGUAUAUUUAUUCGUAUAUAGAUGUAAUAUCAAUUAGCUAUUACAGCUUCUGGUCCAAUGUCAAAACGUUUGUGAGUCAGAUUACAUACUCUUAAGGGGGCUGUAAACUCAUUUUGUCAUCAGAAACGUUCGCUUACGUAGAAAAAUAUUGACCAUCUAGUUUGUUUGCUUAAUGUACCAAUCGGUGAAGUUUUUAUGUAAUAUAUACAAUAUGAGCGGGCGAUCUGUAUGUAAUAUACAACUCUCUUCAUGGGCUAUGAUUUCUAUUGUGUUUUGCCUUAUGAAUAUUAAUGAGUUUUAUAACUGUCCUUACGCAGGCUCUAUUUUGAAUGUCUAAUUUAAAGAGUUAUUUAUUAUCAUUCCGUAAAUGCUUUACGUCAUCGUGAUCACUAUGGCAUCACAACAAAUAUGAAUAAAAUAAUCAUUUUAACAACUUUUAUAAUAAAGCUGCUGAUCUCACUUUAAGUACCAUCUAAGUCUCAAGAUGUCUUUCUAUGUCAACCUGUGCUUUAUACUUGUAGUAUUAAGUAGUCAGUGCCUUAUUAUUGGUGUCAGUGCAAAAUCAAGUUCAUCCAAUGAACACAAGCUUUUGAACUUAUUAUUCGACCAAUACAACAAAGCAGUUCGUCCUGUAUUGAACGACAGUCUUCCAAUAGAUAUAAAGUUUGGAGUUCAAUUACGAAAAAUCUUGAAUGUGGACAGUAAAAGGCAGGAAUUAACGGUCAGCCUUUGGGUGACACAGGUUUGGAAAAACCCUUUUUUAAAGUGGGGCACAUCUGUAGCUGGAGGUAUUAGCAGUGUUGUAGUUGAUCCUGGUGAUAUCUGGAUCCCUGAUAUUGGACUUAUGAACAAUGCAGAUGAAUCACUCUCUGUAGCUGGCGGAAAACAAAAGUUCAAAACAGCGGUAAUAGUAGACAAUACCGGAAUAUGUACUUGGCGAGCUCCAGCAACGUUCAAAAGUGAUUGUGAUAUCAAUGUUCGUUUCUGGCCAUUUGAUGUCCAAAAGUGCAAUAUGGUAUUCUCCUCUUAUACUUAUGGAAAUAGAAAGCUUAGUUUGAACAUACUGGGACAGAGAGAGAACAAAGCAGACAAAUUUACUACAAGUGGUGGAUGGUCUGUUGAGAAUAUCACUUUGCGCAAAAAAGUAUUAAAGAACACGUGCUGUGUAGAACCGUUUGAAAGUUUAGAGGCAGAGUUCAUCCUUAAACGGAAACCACAAUACUUUAUUUUAAACUUUAUAAUACCCAGCGUUGUACUUUGCUUUUUGACUUUGGUAAGCUUCGCCAUUCCCAGUGAAAGUGGGGAAAGAAUUGGCUUCAUAACAACGCUUCUUCUCGCCAUGACAGUGUAUCUCUUGCUUAUUGCUGAAGUGCUUCCCGAGACCUCCAACCAGUUGCCAAUCACUGGAUUGCUGUUUGUCCUUGCCAUUAUAAUGAGUGGUUUGAUGCUUGUCUUCACAAUUAUAAUCCUUCGAUGUUAUCAUGGAACAGGACAACCUUAUGGCUGGCUCCAAAGAUUUUACUACUGUUGUUGUUCAAAAAAGAAAAUUGAAGUGAUGCCAUCUGCUAAUGGUACUGCCAAUGGCGCUGAAACUCCUUCUGAUAUCCCAGUAGCCUUCAACCAGUUUGAAUCGAAAGAGUUUGACAGUCCAACAUGGCAAGAUAUCUCUUUCUUCUUGAACAGGGUUUUGUUUGCUGUUUCUGUCCUUAUGACCGUUAUUACCUUCCUGGCCGUGUACUUAAAUACUUUUCUUAGCACAGAAGACAUUUAAGUGAUUACAGAAUAUUCAUUAUUACAGACUGCUCGUCGUAGAACCUGAAAAGCGUGCAGCGUUUUGCACUUUGAAAAAUUGAAGACAAUUAAAUUGGCACAAAGUUUAGCACUCCCGGACCAUGUAAUCAACGACACACCAGACAAGUAACAAAUUAUGUUGAUUUACUUCUCUAAACACAUGGAAAAUAAUGAACAAACUUAAAAAGAUCACAUUGAAGUAUGAUUAAUCAGCGUCGUCUUGAAUUUUAAUUAAUUGGAUAGCACUCCGUCCGGCUAUGUUCAUAUAUGUGCUUUCCGUGGUCACAAUUUCAAUUGCAAUUUGUUAUUAAUAGCGGUUAGGGUACACAUUGGCGUUACUGGCGUUAGUCCUCAGUCAGUCGUUGGAAAUUUUACUCCGACGGUAGGACUAUAGCGUCUGUAAUAUUAAUAAGUCUUUAAUCUUUUUACAUGUCCAUGUUAUCUUAAAAGGUUUAGCUGAAUUAUCAUAACAUGACUUGCGUUUAGAGCUCAUAUCAUUAGCAACUUCUUUACGUUUUUCUAGUUGAGUUGUUUUAACAUGUUAUAACGACCAUUUCAAUGACAACCUGUGCUUGACUAUCUGAAUAAACAGGAAAGGUUGUUACUAUAA